AUGCUUCGAACUUGGGCGAUUUUUCUGAGCUCUUGCUUUUGCACAGUCUACGCAGCCGAUCCCACAGCAGACAAGGUCACCAACUUGCCCGGGCUUACUUUUCAAAUCAAUUACGGUCUUUAUUCGGGAUAUUUGAAUGCUGGUAAAGGUGGAGACUGGAAAAUGCAUUAUUGGCUAGUCGAGUCGAAGACAAAUCCGACAACUGAUCCAGUGCUUGUUUGGUUUAAUGGCGGUCCCGGUUGUUCGUCUUUUGGUGGAGCUUUUGAGGAAAUGGGUCCAUUCUAUGUGGCGGCUGAUGGAAAAACCCUCUUUGAAAAUAAAUAUUCGUGGAAUUAUAGAGCGAACAUGCUUUUCCUCGAAUCGCCAAUCGGUGUCGGUUUCUCGUAUGACACGAAAGAUCCGAAAUUCGCCGACGCAAACGAUGAUCAAUCGCGAGAUAUGAACUACGAGGCGCUCACCGAUUUCUUCAACUCUUACACUCAGUACAAAAACCGAUCGUUUUUCCUGUCUGGUGAAUCGUACGCGGGUGUCUACAUUCCGAUGUUGACCGCUCGUUUAGGCCAAGGGAUCUCCGAUGGAACUUUUCCAAAUCCAAAUUUCCAAGGUUCGGCAAUUGGAAACGGGUACAUGGACGUGAAAAAAUUGUACAACUCGUUGGUCUUAUGGUCUGCGUAUCACGGUCGAGUCUCGAUGCAAGAAUGGGACUUCUUGAAGGCAAACUGUACCCAGGAUGUCGGUCAAUUGAAUGACAUGGACACGUACAAUUACUACAGUUACCUUGCCACUAAUAGCUCUCUCGAUUUUUCCUCGGACAACUCAACUUGCGGGGAUUUAAUCUUUCGAUUGGUCAGCUUGCCCGAUAGAAUGGAUCCCUACAACUACUAUCAAGACUGUUUCGAUCCCACCUGGCAAGCGGAUUGGGCAAAGAAAACGGGAGGCGCCAACCAUCGACAGUACGCGGCAAAAACGAGAAGGAUUCGCCGAAACGCCGAGAAAACCCCGGAGAUCCGUGCGCAGUACCCGAGCCUCGCAAAAAGCUUCAACUACGACUCGUCGGAUCCUUUCUUCGGCUAUCCGUGCUGGAAUGACGCCGGCCUUUGGAUCUGGGCCAACAAUCCAGAUGUGCAAAAGGCACUCAACAUCGACGCCGCUUGGAUGAAAACUGGGCUCACUUGGGAGGAUUGCAACGAUCCCAUUUAUUGGCAAUACAACAUGACAUGGACAAAUCAAUACUCAUUUUUCAAGGAUUUCCUUGCUGUAAACAAGAAUCCAAAUUUCCGUUUCUUGAUUUACAAUGGAGAUGUGGAUACGGUGUGCAAUUAUUUAGGUGAUGCAUGGUUUGUGAAAGAAGUGGCAAAGCAAAAUGGAAUGACGUCAAAUGAUCGAACCGAGUGGUGGUUCUCUGGCCAAUCGGCUGGCUACACUCAACGGUACACUGAUCCAACAAAAGGGAUUCUCAUCGAUAUUAUGACUGUCAAAGGUGCUGGUCACUUUGUGCCCACCGAUCGACCGGGUGCCGCGCGACAAAUGAUCACAAAUUUCAUAAUCGCUCCGUUGAAUGAACAACUCGACUACAAUUCGACAAUGUACGUCGACACGAUGCCAACAUUGUCUCCGAUUCUCGACGAUGGAAUGGAUACUCAAACGAAAAUCGCUCAAACGAACGCCUUUCUUUUAACCUUUGUGAUUGCUUGUAUGAAUUUGAUUUUU